GGAUAACACAAAUAAUGACGUCACCAUAGAUGCUACAGUUUAUGUAAUGGAACUUUCUUCAUAGAUGCCGCUCAACGUUUCGAACAAACCCUGGCGCGCAAAUUCAAAUAACCGGAUCGCGUUUAUGGAUUAUUUUUCACCCCUAUUUACAUUCCCCUUGCGCAAUAAAGGGAGGACGAUUUCUUGAAUCUUGACCGUGUCGAAUGGCCGGCUACACGAGGCAUGGAAUCAUAAUGUAAAAAUGAAUUUUUCUCCAUUCGGAAGUCCAUUGAUACAUCAAUUUGCAGCCAAAUUGACUCAAGAUGUUUCACCCAGUAAUUCGUUUCCUAAUUCUCCAGCAGAAGAUACAUUUACACUUACAAACAGGUAUACAGCGAAUGGUAUUCCGUCUUUUACCCAACACCAUCAUGCGACCACUGCCCAACAUCAGCAACUGUUUGCCGCCUCCAGUAAAUCGAACGGCGGCAACUACCUCGGUUCGCCAAUUUACAGUCCGAUGUCCAAAAGGCAGAAUUUUGAACAGCCGCAAAAUUUUGAUAGUAUUUUCGCUAUGAGGUCGCCAAGUAAUGGAGAAAAUAACAAUAAGAAAAAAGAUCAUCAUUACCAAGAUAAACCUCCAAUACAAAACCUUCAAUUACCACAAAAUCAUCAAACGCAAACAGUGUUAAAUCCUUGGCAAAACUUAGCUACUUCCACUAAUGCAGUUGCAGAUUAUUUGUCCCAAUUGCCGGCCAGCACUUUACCAUUGAGUUUGCACGAGUUUCUAAAAUAUUCAGCUGAAACUCUCAACAAAAAGGACAAUACUAUCGAAAUUAAUGGUUCAAUCAAUACUAACAAUAAUACAAACAGUGGUACUUUGAGUACCAUCGAUACCGCCCAUCUACACAACAAUAUUGUAACUAAAAAGAAGAAAAAGAAAAAGCAGGAAAAGGAAAAGAAGCCCAAGCCCAGACCUGGUGAAAUCCGUUUAUCAACAGCCUUAGACGGUUCCACUUUAUAUUGCUGUCCAGAAUGCCACAUGGCCUUGCCAGAACGCGACUUACUCGAGCAACAUUUGAUGGGCCACAACAUGGAAAGACGUUUUGUUUGCGACAUUUGUGGAGCAGCCCUUAAGCGCAAAGACCACUUGACCAGGCACAAGCAAAGUCACAAUCCUGAAAGGCCUUUUGUUUGUUCGGUUUGCCUCAAGGCUUUUAAAAGAAAAGAGCAGUUGACGUUGCAUUUUGUUAUACAUUCUGGAGAAAAACGGCAUGUGUGUACUGAGUGUGGAAAAGGCUUUUAUCGCAAAGAUCAUUUGAGAAAGCAUACGAGGUCUCAUAUUGCUAGGAGGGUGAAAGCGGAAUUGUCUCAACAAGGUGCAGGCCUGCAUGGCAUUUCUUCUUAAAACUUGUUUUGAUAACAGAGGUUAAUUCUCAAGAUGACUUUAAAACUUAAAGGAGAACUUAUUUUUGCCCAGAGUGAAAAGACUUCGAGAUCCGGCUCGAAAAACCAUGAAAAGGCUUCGGGAAUACCCUAAAUCUUUAUCUGUUCGCUACUACUUUAUUCUAGCAGCCUCACAAUAGAUUUCAGGUAAAAAAGGCUUGACCGUAGUAGGAGUUGAAUACUUGAGCACAUAGAGACUCGACACAGUCUUUCCAUUUCUCAACAUCACAUACAUAAUCUAGAAUAAAAUACCAUCUCCUUUUAGUUUUAAAUUAUGUCUUAUUAAUUACGUAUUAUAGAUAAAAUUCUACUGUUUAAUAGUUUCAAAAUUCUUAAAGAAAAGAAUGGCGUUUUUUUUUUCUAUAGAGAGAACGAGGAAAAAUUAAAAGUGAAAAUUUUCAGGGCUGUGAUUUAAAAAGACAAAGUAGGUACGGUUGUAAAUAUACAAAACUUUAGGCUAAAAACUGCGAGAGAGCAAAACUUUUUGGUGAUAUAAUCUUUAGACAGUGGAAUUUUUUUAGUUUCAUUUGUGGCACGAUCAGAGUACAAUAUAAUGUGACAAAAGUAUAGCUUAAGAACUAUGAUACAACUACCUCAAUUUUUUAUAAUAAUUAGAUGUUAAUACUUACCAUAUUGUUUUAAUUGAGUACUCUGUGAAAUGCAUAAUAUAGAAUUGUGGUUAAUAAACAUUAAGUACAAAAACUAAUUUGCAAUACAAAUGUAUUCCUAUACUAAAACAAAAAAAUGAAAUUUUAUUGAAGCAAUUAUUGAAAAAGUCUGCUCUUAUAUUGUUAAUCAACCAAUUAGAUUGUAGAAAAAGGAAUAUUUUGUAUCUUUUAAAUGUGCUUCGUGAUUGGUUUUUGUGGUUUUGAGCUUCAACUAUUAUUAUUAUUGUGAUUUCCCAUAAUGACUUCCCCAGAAGUUGCUUUGUGUAAUUUUUAGGAAAUAAAUCUUUCUGUAUUCC